CCGACACCAACCACUUUGUCCAAACACUCCUCCAUGGGUAUUUUGACAUUUCAGUUGGCAAUCAAUUACCCUCAGUAAUUCCCCUCCGCUUAUCGAUAAUUACAUCUAAAAAAUGACCCAUUAGCAUUGAAUUUUUCACCUUCUGGAGUGAUUAUCUAAAGCUAAACUCCGUGAAAACUAGUGGAUUUCGUUUCUUAACAUAAUCACCUGUUGAUUCAGUGAAAAAUCAGUGUGUUCAGUGCUUAGACGUUUUUUUUUUUUCAAUAAUUCUGUGCGCUCCUGUCCAAGUGCAUUAAUAGACUCGCUUGUAAAUUUUCCCAGUGAAGAAGAGAGGAGAUAAGAUUUGUUGCUCAUUUAUUAUACAGAUAGUCAGAGACAAAGACACUUGGGGGGAAAACUCAGUCUCAGUUCCCUCAAGUGCAAUGACAAUAAGUGGUUAGAAUAAUUCCACUGAUUUUAUAAAAUCCGUGUUACGAAGUUUGGAGCGUAAUUGAAUCGUGAAAUUUUGAGAAGAAGAUGAAUGUCAUUAUGGGAGAGUCCUCAGGAUUGAUCGCCUCGGGUAUUAAUGACACUGGUGUUAAUAAUAACAACAACAAUAUCACAAUGAAAAAUGGUGGAAGCAGCGGUAAUUCACCAGCCAAUAUUGAUGCGGCUGGUGGCGAGGGAAUCAGCGCUGCCGUGGCUAAAGUUCUUCAGGGCUAUAACUGGACAUUAGUUCCCGUUGCUACCAAAGGUACAGACAAAAGAACAGCUCACGUAAAGAGACCAAUGAAUGCCUUCAUGGUUUGGGCACAAGCAGCAAGAAGAAAGUUAGCUGAUCAAUAUCCUCAACUGCACAACGCAGAAUUGUCAAAAACCCUGGGAACAUUGUGGAGAAAAUUAUCGGAUGACGACAAAAAACCCUUCAUCGAAGAGGCUGACAGACUUCGCGUGAUUCACAAACGCGAACACCCGGAUUACAAGUAUCAGCCACGACGCAGGAAGCAGAAUGGAGCAUCAUCUGGACUUGAAAAUCCACCAGUGCGGAAUCAGAGUAACGUGGCCUUCAAUGUUUCAAAUUCUCUUAAACAAGAAGAUCUGAGUCCGCGUGGUAACCAAGGACCUGCAUCACCUCAGAGUCGAGUAAGUUCUUCGCCUCCCACGACGCCGAAUCAGGGCUUGUCGCCUCCUACACCACCAACAACGCCUCGAGGGCACCACAUUUUUAAUCAGGCGCACCAGCAUCAGCAGAACAUCAUGUACCAUCAGGAUUUAUCAGCAUCUUCGGUGUCUGACUCUUCUCAGCACCACGGCAGUGUCGAUUUUAAUAGAUAUAUCGAGGGCAGUGAGCAAAUCCAAGUGGAGGAUGGACCAAUGAGCAGUCUGGGGGCACUUGGUGGUGUUAAUCUUAAUAUUCCAUUGAAUCUUCAAGAGUGUGAGGUAGAAAGCAGUGAGUUGGAUCAGUAUCUUCCCUGUCAUACGUUAUCUGUUCAUCAGUAUCAAAACAUGAAUUCGAAUAAUUCUUCGCCAUCGUGGGGAUCAGUCACUCGAUACGAAGAGGAUGUGGAGAGAUCCAGUAAGAGACACUGCAGCGAAUCAACCCUCUCCGAGCUAUCGUGGGAGGAUCGAUCACACGAUAUGAUCCGAUAUCACGAGCUGCAGCCGCCAUUACCACCAGUUCAAUACAUAUCCGGCCCUCAUCACUCUCAUCACACUCAAAUGAGCCACACCCAUGUGAGCAAUCCUUACGUACAAUACACUGCCCAUCGUUAUGUACCGGGUAUCGAAUCCUGGACGAACUAUCACUGAACACCAAUAAAAUCAACACGAGUUCAAACUCCAUAGAUUCUAAACUUGAAGAGAUAGCCAAAUACAAUGUAAUGAAUUUUCAAUUACAGUGAUUAAAAUUAGUCUAGUGAUAAUACGAAAAAAAAAAAAACUAAUGGCGGAGGAGAAAAAAUUGAUACGUAUAAAUAAACUGUCGGUACGUGUGUGUUUGUGGGGCUGAGUGAGAAACGUGAUUGAAAAUAUAUGAUUAAAAAUGAGAUUUUUCUCCAAGCGCCAUUAGACACCAUGACAUCAUUCCAUGACAGAUCCCCUUUUACGCCAUUCCAAAGCACUGUCCAGUAAAACCAACAGGAGACGCAUGCAUAUACUCUUAGAGAUUCAGUGACAAAAUAUGAACGGAAAUGAAAGAAGUGCGUUAAGUGCAAUCUCUAUUGUAGUCGAGGUUCUCCGAUAAACAGAUCUUCAUCCAGGUCGGUUAGAAGUUAAUUAAAAUUCACCGAAUGAACUUCAAAUUAAUUUAAAAAUAUAAAUGAGAAAGGCGUCAAUCGCUAUGAGUUAGACAUCACUUUUUGUGCAUAAUAAUCGUUUAAGGAAUAUGAGAAUCUAUCAACAGCUUUUUCGUAGUUAGAUAUUUAUUUAGGAGAUAUCGUAAUUUUUUUUAUUAUUAUUGAUAUGUGUAUUUUA